AUUUGGCAAAUUGUGCAACUGCUCAAAAGUACAUUUUUAGUAAGCUUUGGCCAAACACUAUAAAUAGUAAUAUUUGAAACUUCAGAUUUGUCAAGUAAUUCUCCCAUUAGGAAAGGAAAACUCAGCCCACAAAUCCACAACUUCCAUGGUGAAUUGUAAGUAACGCACAUAAUUAUCAGGCUCUAAUUAAUCACUCUGCUUGCAGAUUGUAUUCUGGUUCUUGUGGAAGCUUCUUUUCCUCAAUCCUUUGAUGGGUGCACCUAAGCAGAAGUGGACUCCUGAAGAAGAAGCUGCUCUUAAAGCUGGGAUCCUUAAAUAUGGGCCAGGCAAAUGGCGUACAAUUCUUAAGGAUCCAGAAUUUAGUGGAGUGCUGCAUCUGCGUUCAAAUGUUGAUCUCAAGGACAAGUGGAGAAACAUGAAUGUGAUGGCAAACGGCUGGGGUUCUCGAGAUAAAGGGAGGUUGGCUUUGAAAAGGAUGAUUCAGGCCCCUGUGCAGGAUGAGGUAGCUGUUACCUCGGCAGCUGAAAGUGAUGAGCAAAUACCUGAAGCAAGGCCAGCCACUACUUCUAGUGGCUCUUCGCAGUAUGGUGGUUCAAGAAGAUCUCUCCUAAGGUUGGAUAAUCUUAUAAUGGAGGCUAUAGGCAACUUGAAGGAGCCAGGUGGUUCCAACAAGACUACCAUUUCUACGUACAUAGAGGACCAAUUUUGGGCACCUCCAAACUUUAAAAGGCUACUGUCGGCAAAACUGAAGUAUUUAACUGCAACUGGAAAACUCAUAAAGAUGAAGCGGAAGUAUAAAAUGGCACCUAAAUUGACAUUCUCUGACAGAAGAAGAAACCUGUCCGUUCUCCUCCUGGAUAGCAAUCAGAGGAUCUCUUCUAAGGUUGACGGGGAUGACAUAAACAUGCUCACUAAAUCUCAGAUAGAUUUAGAGUUAGCAAAGAUGAGUAGUAUGUCACCUCAAGAUGCAGCCGCUGCUGCAGCACAAGCAGUUGCAGAAGCAGACAUUGCUAUAGCCGAAGCUGAGGAGGCAAAUAGGGAGGCUGAGGCUGCUGAAGCGGAUGCUGAAGCUGCACAAGCAUUUGCAGAAGCUGCAAUGAAGACACUACAAGGGAGAAGCAUCCCAAGGAUGGGGGUUGGAUGUGGAGGAGAGAAUUCAAAGGGGCACAAUGAAGUGUGAGGAAGCUGCUGAAGCAUGUCAGCCUGCAUUAGUAGGUAAUCUUGGCGGUUACAACAGGUUUUGGUAGAGGGGUGCUGGCUGAGAAGUUGGAAUGAUAUGGUUCUAGUCUUCAUAUUCCGAGGCACUAACAGUCAUACAUAUCUGUACACACACACACACAUAUUUAAUUUUUUGUUUAUAUUUCUCUUUAAAUGUCCCAUCAAUGUAAAUGUGAUGUAGACUUCUUGUAAGUUAAUUAGGAGGGUAAUGAUACCUACAUACUACCAACUCUCUGCCAUAGUUGAUAGAAUUUCAGCUGUGUAACUUUCUGUGGCUCGAUGCAGCAAUUGAUUUAUCCUCACUACUUUGUUGUGUGAAAGCCUGGUCACUACUUGUUUCUUAUUCCCAUUUUUAAUUGUUUACUCUACCUGAAACUGUGUAGACGAUACGGGCUUGAUUGAACUUUCAGAGGUUGUGCUAGAUACGCGAGUUAGAGCUUUGCUGGAUUUUCUUCCAGUUUGAUAUUUUUGUUCGCUCAGCUAACUCGCUUGUUAUUGUUAGCUUGUAAAUAUGGUAAAAAAGUUUGUGGGAAUGGAAUAAUCCAGAAAAUUUAUACUCCAGCGUGGUGUCAGCAGUGAGGUCUUUCUGAUGGUAGGAAUUUGUAUCUCCCUUUCACCUGGACAAGGCUGGAGACUGUCAGCAAAUUGUUGUUUUUGGAUAUUAAGACUGAUGAGCAGUUUCUGGUAGCUGGUGGAGUUUUCUGCGGACUGUGUGUCACGGGUAGGAACUCAUGAAUAAAGUAGUUUGGGCGAUCACACUGUUCUUUGUUAAGUGUAUACAGACGUGGAUUCACUCAGUGAACAUAUGGAAGAGAGAUGAUUUGAUGGAUAGUAUUGGCGGAAAGUAGAUACUGUAUUGUAUCAACUGCUUUGUUUUAGUUUGUAUAGCUUUUUGUCACUAAAUACCCAUCCGUCGAAAAGACUACAGCGGAGUUUGGUUGACAGUUGAUAGUUGUACAGUGGUCUCCGGUAUCUGCCUCUUGAUCUCACUGUGUUUCUCGACGUGCAAACUUUGUAAUUGUUCAUAACAAUAUCAUUGAGUUAUCUCGAAUGUUACAGCUUAGUGAUCUUUCCUUGUUAUACCAAGAUGGUCUUUGGCUGUGUAAGGCUCGCUAA